CCAUUCACUCUCACAGACACUCUCACAUCACUCUCAUAUCCUCAUUGGCCUUGAAAGAUCAAACAACCGCCAAGAUGACGACUAAACCACUGCUCCUCCUAGCCGCUCUGACUCUCUUCUGCUACAUCUCCACUCUGCAUGCUUUUCCCAGGUCGGGGUGUUCCUGUAUACGGACAACCUCGAAUACCAUUCCUCUUCGCGUCAUCAAGAAAAUUGAGGUGAUUCCUAUUUCGGGACACUGUCGCUGGAUUGAAAUCAUAAUCACCAGAAGGAACGGCUCUAAAGUCUGUGUCAGUCCAACGGCAUCAUGGGUCAUUGACUACAUCAGAGAUUUUCAAAAGAAAAAUAUGGCUGAAACCACUGUUUCACCCACUGCUGCCACAACCAACUUCUGAUGAUUUCAUACUGUUUAACACCUUCAGUAUAGUUUUCUUCAAUCAAUCGGCCUUUUGAAACCCGCUUAUUAUGAGACUGUCUUAGUACUUCAUCAUAUGCCAGAGGUAUGGACAUUUAAUAGUAAUACUCAUAUUGCUGUACAGUGUAUUCAUGUUGCCAUUUUUUUUGUCAGAAACCACAAAUCUGUAAUAUGAAGAAAAAUUCUGUUAUUGGUUUAAUAGUUAAUAAUCACACGAUGAACAAAAUAAAGAAUGCUUUCCUGUAAAUGUGAAUCAGAUCCUGCUGUUAACAUUUCAUUGAUUAUAUGGAUGAUGGUGCUGUAACUUCUGAUGUUCUGAUGUUCUUGUAUCCAUGACUUGUCUUGUUAAACAGAAUAAAAGCACAGACAAAAAGACUCUUCAAAAA